AUGGCGAAUCGGAAGGCACUCAUUGUGCCGGCUCUUAAGAAGCAUACUGCGACUGUAAUCAUGGCACAUGGUCUAGGAGAUAGCGGUGCUGGUUGGGUUUCCCUUGCCGAGAACUGGCGGCGGCGAAGCAAGUUCGAGGACAUCAAGUUCAUCUUCCCCAAUGCGCCCAGCAUACCUAUCACAAUUGUUCGCGAAAUCUUCGCCCUUAACGGCGGAUACGUGAUGCCAGGGUGGUACGACAUAACGAGCUUCAGCGACCUCAACCAGGCACAGGACGAAGUCGGCAUUUUGCGGUCACGAGAUGUGUUCGACAAACUCAUCAAGGAGGAGCUGGCCUUGGGCAUUCCCUCAAAUCGGAUCGUUCUCGGAGGCUUCUCUCAAGGUGGAGCCAUGUCCAUCUUCACCGGAGUUACUACGCCGCACAAGCUCGGAGGUGUUUUCGGUCUGUCGUGCUACCUGUUGAUGAGUAACAAGAUCAAGGAAAUGGCCGCUAAAGAGUCCAAAGAAGUCAACAAGGACACGCCUUUUUUCAUGGGUCAUGGAGAUGCCGAUGAAGUUGUCAAACAUGCGUGGGGAAAACAAACAGCGGAGUUCCUGCAGAAGGAGCUAGGCCAUCAGGUUGAAUUCAAGACGUAUCGGAAUCUACCUCACUCGGCGGCAUUGGAGGAAAUUGACGACCUCGAGGCCUACAUACGCAAAUGCUUGGGCGACGAUGGCAAGUCAGGCCUGUGA